CCGGAAACGAUGACGAGUCGAGAGUUGGCCUGCUCUGCUGCGCGCUGCUGAUGCGAUGUUGUGGCGAGGCGAGAGUUGGGCCCGUAAGUCCGUCGCUGACGACGAAGCAUAAUAGAUCAAGCGUGAACGCGCUGCAGUGCCGUGCCGGGGGAGGAGGAGCGGAAAAGGGACUCUGUGUGGGAGAAAAAUUACGAGUCGUCGCGACGCUUUCCGUAGCGUCACUUCGUCGGAGAUCGGCAUACGGGUGAGCACCAGUCCAGAGGGACAUUAGCAAGUGACCUGUAGCAUCGGCGAGGGGCCCCUUGUCGUCGCGGGAGCAGAUCCCGAAAGCCAUUUACCCCAGCAAAACCUGCGCGAGUUCGAAACACAAUGGCAACUAAGGAGAAAAAGUUAUCAUUAGCUACGAAGUCAUACGACCAAAAGCUUUACGACACUCUCCUCAAAAUCUUCCGCGACAAUGGCUUCAAGAGCAAGCAGAAAAAGAAGUUUCUACGCUCUCCCAAAGUCAAUCAGUAUCCCGAAAUCAAGCUGCUCCGAGAGGAGAUCAGUUGUAAACUAAUUUACCCGCGAGAACAGUACGAUAAUUUGUCGCUACUGCAGAUCGCAGUCAUAGGCAGAUACCCGCUGUCGGCCGAGCUGUUGCUGCGAUCCGGCGCCGACAUCAAUAAGCCCUUGAUGAGGAAUCAGACGCUUUUCGAGAUAAUGUUCUGCUUCUUCUACUCUCCCUUGAGCGAACGACUUAUCCGCCUGGCAUACGAGCUCGGCGUCGUCGACCUGCGAACUCGAUACCACAACGGGAGAACCGUUCUGCACCACGCGGUGAUCAACAACCGGGUGGAGCUGACGAAGAUGAUACUCGAAAAGGGAGUCGACCCCAAUAUCAGGGACCACCUCGGCAUAACGCCACUGCUUCUGUCACUCCGAGGCAUCGUAGAGGACGAGGAGAUGCUGCGCUUGCUGGUCGAACGUGGCGCUGACGUUCACAGCAAAGAUAGCAGGGGCUCUAACGCCCUGCACCGAGUCUUCUUCCGAGGUAAGGCCGAGAAAUGCGCUAUUCGCCAAGCCAGAUUCUUGAUCGAGAACGGCGCCUCGCUCGAGGAAAUACAGCUGGAAAACGAGUAUCAGCCGUUGCACGUUGUAGUCUCUUUGGGAGAAAAUAAUAACGAAUUGGUGAAGCUCUUCUUGGCGCACGGCGCGAACGUGAAUGCGCAGGCGCAGUCGGGGGAAUCCCCGCUCUACAUCGCGGCUCAAUUCAGCUCUACGGAAAUGCUGAAGACUCUGCUCGAACACGGCGCAGACGUUAAUAUGAGAAACGACGAAGGUUGGACGGCGCUGCACAGAGCCUGCUCGAAGUGUUACAGGGAAAGCGUCCGACUACUUCUCUCCGCCGGCGCGGAUAUGCUCAUCGAGGACGAACAUGGUCUAACGGCUUUUGCCCGCAUCCCCCGAGACAAGCUGAACGUUAUAAACUCCGCGCCGAUGAUCAAGGCGCUGGCGCUGAAGAGGGUUAGUCUGCAGCGCUCGGUCCAAUUGAUGGACGAGCUGAUAUUGAUGCAGAAGCACUGGCUGUGGAGUUUGUACGAAAAAUGCGUCGACCUCGUCCUUAAGAUGAGCUUCUCGACGUUCGUCGAGAACCUCACGUUUCUCGAUCUCCUGGUAAAAAGCCGUCGCGAGAUUGUCCGCUACAUGCGGAACCGGCGGUUCAACGUCGAUAACUUCAAACUCUGCAAACUCAGAAGAUUUAGGGUGUACGCGAAGGACGUGCGACGAGCUUUCGAGAACGCACUGAGCAUCUAUCGCUGCAUGCUGGAACUGGAGGAAGUGAUCGACGAGGUGGUAGACUAUACUUUUCCAGAACUUGUUGUGAGGAAGAUUGUUGAUUACGCGAUUGAUGAUAGAAUUUAUUAUCAGUUGUAGUUUAACCUACAACACGUAUAUACAUUGUAAAUAAGUAUGAAUUAUUUUUUUUUAUUUGAAUUUUCAAUUAUAGGUAUACAAGUUAUUGGCAUCUUUGAAGUAUUGUAAAUUUUAUGUUAUAAUAUUUUUCAAGGAAACAACAUAUAUGUAUAUUCAAACAAUUGUGUACAAUGAACCAUUUUAACAAAAAUUAUUGUUUUAAAAGAAGGUAAUUUUAUAUUGCUGUCAAAUAUCAGUCAUGUUAAGUGGACAUAGAGCAGGUGUCAAAAUAUGUUUGCGAUCUUUGUCGAAAAAUCAAGCUCUUGCCGUUUUAAGGGCAUACUCCAAACCAUAUGCCGCAUACUGCAUCACAUUUAAACUUUCGUGCUAAAAAUUUGUUGUUGCUUUGUCGACUUCAAUUAGUAGAGGGACCCUAAUAUAGCUUCAGCAAUCCGUACCUGAAUUAUUGUUACCCUUAAGUCGAUAUUGUUACGCAAGUAACUUUGAAAAAAGUUAAAGAUAAGCACGUUAAUGUAAUAUAGGGUUUCAUAUUUUGUAUGCCUGUAAUAUUGAUAUUGAUUUUCAAACAUUUUAUCAACUCGAAUUUUCCGUUCAGAAUUUUUAAUCGCGUCGUAAAAAUACGAUGAUUGAUCUCUGGUCACAUUUUAAAU